AUGGCCACCACCGAAGCAGAGAAGCCCUCUAAGAGGCCCGAGACCGAAGAUGCGACAUCACAAUCCCCCGAGUCCAAGAAGCGCAAGUCGGUCGCCGUCGACGAGAUCGAGGUCGACCUCGAGGCCCCAGAGCCACCCUCGAAGCGCGCCAAGCGUCUGCUGAAGAAGGGCAAGAAGCUGCCCCCCAAGGUCGACAGCGACGAUGAGAGGGAGGCCAAAAAGAAGGAGAAGGAGGAGAAGGAGCAGGCCGUCAAGGCCCGCUCCGAGCACGGCGUGUGGAUCGGCAACCUGCCUUUCUUCGUCACCGCCGACGAGCUGCGCAAGUGGCUCAUCGCUAACUCGGGCGAGAUGAUCACCGAAGAGUCUAUCACGAGGCUGCACUUGCCCACCACCAAGCAGGCUGGCCGCGACAAGCCCUCCAAUAAGGGCUUCGCCUACGUCGACUUCAACGAUGUCGCGCCCAAGGUCGCCGCCAUUGCCCUGACCGAGGCCGAGCUGGGCCACCGCAAGCUCUUGAUCAAGGACUCCAAGUCGUUCGAGGGCCGGCCGAAGAAGGAGGAGGAGACGGCCGCCGCCGCUGCCGCUGCAGCCAAGGAGGAGGUGCCCAAGAGCAGCAAGAUCUUCAUCGGCAACCUCAGCUUCAAGACGACUGACGACGACGUGUGGCAACAUUUCGAAAAGUGCGGGCAGAUCGACUGGGUUAAGGUCGCGACGUUCGAGGACACGGGCAAAUGCAAGGGCUAUGGCUGGGUCAAGUUCCGCGAGCCCGAGUCGGCCGGCUGGGCCGUCAAAGGCUUCGUCAAGAUUAAGGAGGAGAUUGAGACCGAAGACGACUUCGUCGAGGCCCCCAAGGACAAGGACGGCGACGAAGAUAUGGAGGAGGCCGAGGGAGACGACGAUGCGGCGAAGGAGAAGAAGGGGGCCGCCGCCGAGGAGCCGCGGUUCAAGAUGAGGAAGUGGUGGGUCAACAAGCUGCUCGGCCGCAUGCUGAAGAUCGAGCUCGCCGAGGACGACCAGACGCGGUACAAGAAGCGCUUCGGCAAGGACGCGCCUAAGAGGCAACAGCAGCAGAAUGGAGAGGGUGCCGAAGGUGCCGACGGCGCCGAGGGUGCGCCGGCGGAGGAGAGGAAGCCGAGGGCGCCCCGUCCCCCGAGGACAGAGAAGCCGAAGCCGGCGGCGGGCGAGCUCAAGGCGCAGGACGACAUCUUGGUCGCGAGAUUGACGGGCGCGGCGGCGAAGCAUACGGGUACCAAGAUUACGUUUGACUAG